AUGCCUGCGCCGGGAGAUCAACACAAGCCGAAUGGCACCGCCACCUCCAAUCCUUUCGAGGAGACAAAAAUGAGGAUUACCGAAUAUACCGCGCAAGAAAUUGCCACCCUACAGAGCCGUCUCGACAAGCAACUAGGUCCUGAAUAUAUCUCUGCUCGGGCAGGGCCUGGAGGCUCGAAGGUACACUACUUAGCUGCUGAAAAGGCCAUCAGUUUAGCAAAUGAAGUAUUUGGCUUCAAUGGCUGGAGCAGCUCGAUUCAAAACAUCCAGAUUGAUUUUGUGGACGAAAACUCUCAGACUGGGAAGAUUACUCUCGGGCUAUCAGUCAUUGUUCGAAUCACCUUGAAAGAUGGCACCUAUCACGAAGAUAUAGGGUAUGGUCAGAUUGAGAACUGCAAAGGAAAAGCAGCUGCAUUUGAGAAGGCGAAGAAGGAGGGAACAACAGACGCGUUGAAGCGAACGUUGAGGAACUUCGGGAACGUUCUUGGGAAUUGUAUUUAUGAUAAGAGUUAUCUCGCGAAAGUCACAAAGAUCAAGGUUGGUGCCUCACGAUGGGAUCCAGACUCACUGCACCGACAUGCAGAUUUCGCGCCUAAGAAAGAGGAAGGUUUCAAGACAGAGCAGCCAGCCCAAAUGAUCAAAGAACACUCGACUGAAUUUGAUGACAGUUUCGAUUUAGCAGACUUUGAUGAAGCAGACUUUGGAAGUGUCGAUUUUGGUCACCCAGAUGAGGUCAGUCUCUCGUCUGACUCGAAUGGUUCAAGGCCAGGGCCAUCUCAUGGACCAUCAGAACGGAUGCUUCCACCAGUAAGAGGAGAUAUGACAACACCUUCGAAGCCACCAGUUGUUGGGCGGGAUCUUGCUCGCGUGCCAGCCUCGAGGCCGGUACAACCUGGAGGUACUGGAUCAGUCAUGGUUCGCCAACCUCUACCUGGGCAGCGGAACCCUACUGCUCAACCUCUCCCUGGCAAACAAUCGCUGCCUUCUGAACCACGACCACAUCCAGAGACUAUCUCUCGAUCUGCAUCACCAAGUAUUGCUCCUUCGAAUCUUGCUGCUCCAUUAGCUGGACAAGGUCAGUCGACUGCCUCUGCUAGCCGGUCUGCUGCUUUCUACUCAGCUCGAGCCGCGACCAAUAUCGACGCCAACAAUAACAUCAUCCCAACGGCUGCAAAUGCUGUUCCCAAAUUCGAUCCUCGCAGUGAAAGCCCUUCGAUCCGAAAGACUUCCGGAGUUGAUCACAACAAAUCUGUACCGCUGAAGAGAGAUUUGACGGCGGAUACGACCCCGCAUACAACACAGAUAAUCAAUCCACAGUUCGACCCUCUUAGACGCGUUGGUGCCCUUGGGAAUGGAGGACAGCCUCAAAUAAGUCGAGGACCGAGCACAUCGGCUUAUCGACCACCUACCAGACGUGGCCCAGAAUCAAAUAGCGGAUCUCCCAUAACAGGAGUUGGUGCCGGAGGCGUCGAUCGAGUACUACAAUCGGUCAAACGACCGCCUCUCGGUGAUGUGAGCAAUGUACAGCACAGUGUGACGGCAGUCACCACGGACGGGGUUGAUGCAAAGAGACAAAAGUUAGUGGAGUCCGAACAUUUCAAGGACCAGGAAGAGGUGAACAACGCCAAACCCACUGAUCAGCGAACAUGA